CUCACCACCGUUGACGACUUUGCAAUUAUAUUUUUUAUUAAUAAAUUAUAUUAUUCGCAAACUUCUCUGCAACUCUGCAACUGAAGCCCUUUGUCCAUGGACAGUAAACCCUAACUUCAACCAUCAUUGUAAUUUAAUGGAGAGAGACGGUGUUUGGAUACCGCUGACACCAGGAAAGCCGGCGUUGAGUUCUGAGCAAGGGAUGGGAAAGGAAAGUUUGAAUGAGGAAUUCUCGUGUACGGAUUGUUUUGAAAGUAUGCGGUGUAUGGAAAAGUGUGUGAUGAAUGAGAUGUGUGAAUUUCCAGCUGACACUCUUGAUGAGUUUGAAGCGGGGUUGGGUGUGGCGGGAAAGGAAGCUGAAGGUACUACGGCAGUUCAGGAUGACACAAGCUGUGUACAAGAGGAGACGGUCAAAAGUUCCCCAUCAGAGCAUGACAGUAAAAAGGCUCAUGGUGUUGAUGAGUCUCAAGAUGGUAUUGGUUCAAUUCCAACCCCAUCUAAGACAAAAGAGACCAGGAAAAGACGUAAUGAUGGGAAUGACAUGAACAAAAAGCCUAGUCAAAGACCUCGAGUGAAAAAACAUAGGCCUAAAAUAUUCGAUAAUAGCAAACCGAAGAAGGUGCCAAAGGCUCAAACUCCACGGUCGACCUUGAGGCCAAAGACUCCAAAACCUGCAACUCCAAAUCGGGUACAAGAGAGGAGGAUGCAAUCAAAAAAGAACAAAUUUACAGAUUCAUCCAAUUGUACACAAAAGUCAACCUGUUCAGGCAUUGAAGAUGUUGGCCAAGAUGUUCAAGAAGCUUCCAGGACUUCCAUAGCUGUUAGUUCAUGCAAGCGUUUCCUAGAUUUUGACCAGCAUCCAGUUGGUAAAGAGUCAAAAUCACAUGAAGAACCUCCGAUACUUGGUUUUGAUUUUGAAAAAUUUGAUUGUUUUCGUGGUAAGAUUGUUACUUCUAAGAGAAAUACACCGAGGAGGAGUAGGUUUCAAAACAAGAGCCUAAAAGCAUCUGAUAAUUUGUUAGGAGAUGGUAAUACACCACAACACGGGCAAGAUAGUUUUAUAAUAAGAAAUCAAGAACAAGUUGAUAAAUAUGGUAAGACAUAUGUUCACUUCUAUCAGCGUCGAAAGAAAAUCUGUUCAAGCUCAACUAGUCGCAGCCCUACACUGCUGGUAUAUCAUCGGUCGUGUAGAAAAGAUCUAUGUUUAUACCAUAGCAAAAAAUGCGGACCUGUUUUUCCAAAAUUGUUCAAGAAACAAAGGACGAUGAGGAAAAAAGUGAAUAUAAAGGUAAAUCAUUGGUACAUUAUAUCUGGUGAACUUCACAAGAGUCUUAUGAACAGAUCACAUAGAAAGCUUACACAAACUACAAGGAAAAAUGUAGAAAUUAGGGUCAACAAAUCCAAGGACAAGAAAGGAGUGGUGAAGCCCCAUAUUUAUACAGAUGAACUUCGUCGUGUGUUUUUGCACCAGAGAAGAAAACGAUCAAUAAGGCACACUCGUUUGAGAGAAAGUAUCAGAAUGCCUCCUUAUGAUCCUGAAAAUUACCUUUUAUGUCAAGAGAAAAUUUUUAGUCCGAUUACAGAAUGCCUCCCGCUGCAUGAGGUUCCUGUACAAAGAAUUAAGAGUUUUACCUCACCACAUUGGGAUUCCCCGCGCCUUGAUAACUCUCUUGGUAAUCAGAACUGGUCCCAACUCCAAGAGGUUGUAGUGCUUGAAAGUCAAAGUUUACCACCCGAACACCAAGCUAUCUUGCAUACUAGAGAAGAUUUAUAUGAAUUUAAUGCAAGUGAAGUGGAACACCUAAUAGGGAAGAUAGCGAGUCUGGACAUCAAUGAUCAAUGUAAAGAACUUGUAGUACGUGAUCAAAAUGUCAGCGGGACCCUUGUAAAGAUCCAUCCUCCCAAGAAGCGUAAAACAGAUCCCAAGGCCAAGGUGGAUCUUGACAAUGAGACACUGAGAGUUUGGAAACUGCUAAUGGAGAAUGAUGGAAGUGAACCAGUUGAAGAAACGGAUAAAGAUAAAGAAGAAUGGUGGGAUACACAGAGAAAUAUAUUUCGUGGACGAGUUGAUUCAUUUAUUGCGAAAAUGCAUCUUAUCCAAGGUGACAGGCGUUUCUCACCUUGGAAGGGUUCAGUUACUGACUCGGUGGUUGGAGUUUUUUUAACUCAAAACGUAGGUGACCACCUUUCAAGCUCUGCUUUCAUGUCGGUUGUAGCCAGAUUCCCCCCCAAUUCCCGAAGCAAAGAAGUUAAUGACAAUUUUGAAGUCCCAAAUAGCCAAGAAUCAGGUGCAAGUAAUACACAAAUUUAUGAAGGGUGUUCCAAGAAUAAUGAAACGGAACAAGAUAUGGGUGCUUCAUAUGCUGAUGUCAGCGAUGCAACUCCAGCUGUGGAACCGUGCCAAAAUCCACUUCAGGUUCAAGAUAAGCCACGUGUGGAUGAAGAUCCUAAUACUUUCCGGAAGCUUCUAGAAUUAGAGGAGGUGGACUAUCUCAAACAGUUUUGUCAGGUUGGAGUUGAUGAAUUAGAAUCAUCGCUAAGUGAGAGCAAAUUAGAAGUCGAAGAGCAACGUGCAUCAAUCUCCAAUUUUCCGAGUUCUACUUCUACUGAACAUUCUGCUAUUACAUUUGAUUUGAAUGUGAGUUUAUGUGAGACGUCAGAAGGUGAAUUCAUAGGUCAACAAAAGUCAAUCCCUGUAGAAGAACCAAAAGUAGCUACUCCAAUUUGCAGUCUCCAAUCUGAAGUAAUUGAACAAGAAUCACCUUUAGAAAAUGAACUAAAGGGAAAAAAGAAAAACAAAAAGGAGAAAAAGCAAGAACCCAAAAUCGACUGGGACGAACUGAGAAGACGCUACAUCAAAACCGGAGAAAAAGAAAUUGAUGUGAAUUACAGGGUUGCAGUUGACUGGGAUGCAGUUAGGCGUGCUCCCGUUGAGGAACUUGCAAAAAUUAUAGAAGACCGAGGGAUGCAUAAUGUGAUAGCAAGACGAAUUAAAGACUUUUUGGAUAGAAUAUAUAGAGAUCAUGGUAAUCUUUGUCUUGAGUGGUUAAGGGAUGUUCCACCAGAUAAGGCAAAGGAUUUCUUGUUGAGCAUUGAAGGAAUCGGUUUGAAAAGUGUGGAGUGCGUACGCCUUUUAACGCUACAUCAUAACGCUUUUCCUGUUGACACAAAUGUUGGACGUGUAGCCACACGUCUAGGGUGGGUCCCAUUGCAACCCCUUCCCGAUGCAGUUCAACUUCAUCUUUUGAAUGCGUACCCUUUGGUGGACGACAUUCAGAAAUACCUAUACCCGAGGCUAUGCACCCUUGAUCAAAAAACAUUAUACGAGCUACAUUACCAGUUGAUCACAUUUGGAAAGGUAUUUUGUACCAAGAUAAAACCAAAUUGCAAUGCAUGUCCAAUGAGAGCAGAGUGCAGGCAUUAUGCAAGUGCCUUUGCUAGUGGUAGGCUCGCUCUUCCCGGAAUAAAACAAAGUAGUAAUGUCACUUCCAUCGUCCCUGCUGGUCAACCACCAUCAUCCUUUCACCUAGAAGUCAACAACUUGGGUUCAAGCUAUCAAGGUCAAAGUCAAAGUCAAACAUGUGAACCCAUAAUUGAAGUCCCCCCAUCUCCUGAGCCUGAAGUAGAAUCAAUUAUUGGCGACAUUGAAGAUUUAUGCUGCGAGUCUGACGAUGAUGAAAUCCCGACUAUCAGACUAAACACCGAAGAGUUCAGAGAAACUUUAAAAGAGGCUAUGGACACAAAUAAGAUUCCGAUCCCGGAAGCUGACGUGUCAAAAGCUGUAAUUGCUUUUUCUGCAGAAGCUGCCAACAUUCGUAGGCCAACAAAGAGAUUUGUAGCCAAAUCGAGGACUAUGCACCUUGUCUAUGAGCUUCCGGACUUCCAUCCGUGUUUGGUUGGGUUUGAAGAAAGGGACCGUGAUGAUCCGUCACCAUACCUUCUUGCUGUAUGGUAUCCAGGCGAAAUUCCCAACUCAUUAGAAUAUACAAUAAACAGAGCACGCAUAGCAGCUAACAAUAUUCUAGAGGAAACCGUCAAAGCAACGAUCUUGAUCCCUUGUCGAACUUCAAAUAGAGGGACGUUUCCCCUUAAUGGAACAUAUUUUCAGGUUAAUGAGGUGUUUGCUGAUGAUGAAACUAGUCAUUCUCCGAUGGAUGUUCCAAAACAUCUGCUGCGUAAUUUGCCAUUACGAGAAUUAGGUUGCGGGUCAUCUGCAACAUCAAUAUUUAAAGCCCUAUCAACCGGUGCCAUUCAGCGCUUGUUUUGGAGAGGGUCAAUUUGUGUGAGAGCAUUCAACAGGAAAACAAAGCAACCUCGACACCUUCAUCCAAAAUUUCAUAUUUCAACAGCCGCAAUGGCAGCAAUGGCAGCCGAGAACAGAAAAUCAAAGAAGAGAUAGAACAAGCUGUGGUACAUAGGUCUAUUUAUUUGACAACUAGAACUAACAAAGUAGGGUUAAUAUUUUGACAAUAAUAAAUUCCUUUAUAUAUAGUUGUAAGUAAAUUUCUGAUCUUCCGGUUAAUUCACAUUUGCGUCAGGGUGUAAACAAGCCAAGCCGCUUGUAAGCUACACGAUAUCGGCUCGUUAAAAGCUCGAAUUGAGCUGUUCUUAAACGAGCCAUUUAAUAAACGAGCUGGAGGCAGAGUUUCACA